AUGCCACCCAGGGGCAGGAGAACAGCAGCAGCAACAGCAGCAGCAGCAGCAGCUCGAGCAUCUCGCGACUCGCAAGACUCGCCUGCUUCACACGACGUAGCAAGCCCUUCUCGCUCCCCUUCGCCUGCUUCAGCAGCAACUCCUCCUCCUCCCCCUCCCCUCGUAUACCCCUCCGAGGCUUCCCUCCCUUCACAGCUGAGCGUGCCAGAAGCGGCAUUGAAGGUCGCCAGGCACUCGCCGUGCCUCUAUAAAGGUGUCGAGGAUGGGGCAGAGGAAGACAGCUGCGCUUGCACCGGCCUUAAGCCCCCGACUGACAGCCAAGUUGUAGCUCGUCGGGUCCAGGACGAUAAGGGUGAAGGGAGCAGCAAUGGUAUCACAGCUUCAGGCUGGAACCAAUGCGGAGAGUGCGGGCAUGACGUGGCUUCCCACGGCAGACUAGCAGAAGAUGACGAAGAGGAGCGCGUACGCCGGACCAAGGUAGCAGUGCGACUGGACGAGAUACUCGAGGAUAAGAAGAAGUUGCUCGACUUCCACUAUACAGACGAGGAUGUCGAGAGUCUCAAGAAGCAGUUACCCCGACUGAAGGAUGCGGGUACCGACGGAAGCGAGACAGGCCGACAGAAGCGAUCCAGCUCGAGAUCACGAUCGCGCUCCCUCUCCCCCAACCACAAAAAGCGUCGCUUGGCAAGCACAUCCGACUCGCCCAUCACUACCCCGCCCAAGUCACCUGAGAUCACCACACCACCGCCAGCCGAUGCCUCUGAUCCCUCCGCCCUUCCCACAACUGACCCAGAGAAGCACCCCGUUCAAUCCUCAAAAGGCUCCGCGCUUGGCCCAGAAGAAGCGCUAGAGCAAGCCAAAGAGGCGGCAGAAAAGGAGCAGCGCGAGAAGGAGAAGGAAGAGAAGCAGAAGCUGGCCGCUCCUGGAGCAGACUUGGGGCUGGUCACUGCGGGAAUCAGUAUUGAUCCAGAUGAAGGGAGUGGGACCGGAGCUCCUCCCCCGCCGAAGAGAGAACGUCCCGCUGUGGUUGAGGAGAGGACCGGGUUAAUCCAAUUCCGCGUCGUAUCCAAUUCUGCGCUGACAGGCACCGCUCCACAAGACCUGGUCAUCCUCACGGGACUCAAGAACAUCUUCCAGCGUCAGCUACCCAAGAUGCCCCGCGAGUACAUUACGCGGCUGGUCCUGGACAAGAAUCACGUCGUCGGCGGGAUUACGUACAGGCCAUUCAAUAAGAGGAAGUUUGCGGAGAUUGUUUUCUGUGCGAUUGAUAGUAGUCAGCAGGUUAAGGGGUAUGGACAGCAUCUGAUGAACCACCUCAAGGACCAUGUGAAGGAGUCAUCGGAUGUCAUGCACUUUCUCACCUACGCUGACAACUACGCCAUCGGCUACUUCAAGAAGCAGGGCUUCACAAAGGAGAUCACGCUCCCUCGCUCCGUCUGGGUAGGGUACAUCAAGGAUUACGAAGGUGGCACGCUCAUGCAGUGCAGCAUGGUGCCGAGGGUGCGAUAUCUUGAGGUGCACGAGAUGCUGGCCAGGCAGAAGGAGUUGGUGUUGGCAAAGAUCAGGUUAGCGAGACGGCGAGACAGCGAAGCUAGCGCGCGUGCGAAGCUGAUUUCGAUCCAUCGACCCCGCGACAGGAGCAUCUCGAAGAGUCACAUUGUGCAUCCCGGUCUGGAAGUAUUCAAGCAACAGCGUGCCGUCAAAGACGACGACGACGACAUCCCCCUGGCCUCCCAAUCUGGCCCCUCAUCCGACGCUGACCUGGACAGCGAAGCGUACCUCUCGCACAUCAAAUCUCAAUUCAAAGUCCAACCCUCCUCCGUCCCCGGCCUCGCCACCUCAGGCUGGACACCAGAGAUGGACGUCAUCUCCCGUCGUCCCCGCCGUGGCCCGCACCACGGUCUUUUGCGCUCCAUCCUCGUCGAGCUCACGAAUCACGGUUCCGCCUGGCCCUUCCUUCGCCCAGUCAACGCGGACGAGGUGCCCGACUACUAUUCCGUCAUUACAGAGCCUAUGGACCUUGCCACGAUGGAGGGCAAGCUCGAGGCCAAUCAGUACGCACAGGAUGGACUUGAUGGGCUGGUCAAAGAUGCGCAGAGGAUCUUUGAUAAUUGCAGGGCGUAUAAUCCGAAGAAUUCGCCCUACGCCAAAUGCGCGGAUAAGUUGGAGCGCUUUUUGAAGGAGAAUUUGCCGAUGGUGAGCAUAGCAUGA